AUGACUUGGAAUAAAUUAAAAUGCAGUGAUCGUGAACUUCAACUACUUGGAACCCUAAAUGGAGGGCAAAGCUUUAGAUGGGAAUUUAAUAAAAACAAUAACGAAUGGACUGGAAUUUUUUCAAAAACUUUAUGGAAAUUGAGACGAACAGACGAUGAUAAUUUAGAAUAUAGAGUGCUUGGUUCGUUAUUAAAUAAAAAUACCCAAGAAUAUAAUUAUAAAAAAAUAUUAGAAAAAUAUUUUCGAUUGGAUUUGAAUUUAAAUGAUAACUAUAAAAUCUGGUCUCAAAAAGAUGAACUAUUUAAAACAGCUUGUAAACAAUUUUAUGGUAUAAGAAUGUUGGCCCAAGAACCAGUGGAAAAUUUAUUUUCGUUUAUAUGUAGUCAGAACAAUAAUAUCUCUAGAAUCUCAAGCAUGGUUGAGAAAUUGUGUAAACAUUAUGGAGAAGAAAUAUGUGAACAUGAAGAUGUAAUAUAUUAUGCCUUUCCAGAAGUUAAGAAUUUGGCAAAACCACAGGUUGAAUCGGAAUUGCGGCAGUUAGGAUUUGGUUAUAGAGCAAAGUUCAUUCAGAAGUCAGCAGCCCAGAUUUUAGAAUGGGGUGGAGAAGAAUGGUUCAAAACUUUACAGAAUAUGAAGUAUAAAGAUGCUAAGCAAGAAUUGAUGAAAUUGUGUGGUAUUGGACCAAAGGUAGCUGAUUGUAUUUGUCUAAUGUCCUUAAAUCAUCUCGAGGCUCUCCCAGUGGAUACACAUGUGUACCAGAUAGCUGCUCAGAACUACCUACCACAUUUGAGGGGCAAAAAGAAUGUUACCGACAAAAUGUAUACAGAGAUAGGUGACCAUUUUAGGAACUUGUAUGGUGAUAUGGCUGGAUGGGCUCACACUGUUUUAUUUUGUGCAGACCUAAAGAAAUUCCAACAAAAUGAUAACACAGAAGUCAAUGCUGUUAACCCUAAAAAAAGGAGGAAAAAA